AUGGUCACACUCAGUAGAAACUAUUUGGAUGUUGAUAAAGAAACGUUGAUAGAAUUAAUAUCAUUUGUUUUAGCUAGGAUUGUCAAGCAUAACGAUCAGCUUCAUUUUGAUAGCAACAAGCUUACUAGGUUUCACUCAAGAGCUGCACCCGGAAUAACAGUAAUAGACUAUUUGAAUAGAAUUAAUAAAUACACUAAUACUGAUCCAUGUUGUUUACUCAUUUUACUUAUUUAUAUUGAUAGAAUAUCUACGAUGAUGCCAGACUUAACUAUAACGAGCUUAACCGUCCAUAGAUUCAUCAUCACUGCUAUAACGGUCUCAUCGAAAGCGCUCUGUGACGUCUUCUGUACGGCUAGCCAUUACUCAAAAGUAGGUGGGCUAUCACUUAAUGAGCUCAAUUUAUUAGAAAGGGAAUUUUUAAGAAUCCUAGAUUGGAAUCUCACAUGCGAAGAUCAGCAACUACAGAAGUAUUACUUGAAUUUAGUAGAAGGACAUCCAAAUUAUACGUUAGGAGAUUUCACAGAUCAAAAAUCAUCUAAAAAUGUCGAAAUUAUGCCCAUAAAAACUCAUAGUCCUGUUGAAAGUAAUCAAAUUAUCCCACAAUCACGACCAUUUGUUGAGGCAGAUAUACAAAAACAACAGCAACAACAACAACAGCAGCGGCGGCGUAUUGAUUAG